GGAUUUGCCAUCGAUGGCAUAGAACAUGAAUCUUCUUACAGUUGUUCUGCAUGUGGUGGUGAUUGCAGCUUGUGUGAAAUUUUCUACAGCCACUUGUCAACAUGAGGUCACGUGUCCGUGCGGGACUACGGGACUGAACAUUACUUUUUGCUCCAAACAAAUGCCAGAAAGUAACGACACCUGUCAAAAAUGGGCUGACUGCAAAAGUUGUCACCCAGAAGUCGAUCACUGUAUAGAAUGUCCUGAAGGAUACACAGGUCCCACAUGUCAAGAAACCAACAAUGGCCUUCUUGUCCGUCUUAAGAGAGAUUUCAAGUUUUCCAGGUCUGGAUCAAUUUCAAGAAAAAGGGUCACACUUUCUUCUGGAAGUUCUGAAAACUGUCCCAGCCUCAAGAAUACGGGGCUGAUUGCUCUGCGAUGCACUGACGAUGGAAGCGUGAGGACGUGCCGUGGGAAAUGCAUCACAGGCUACGUCUUUAAAAGCAGGGAAGGAGAACGUGAAAUAGAGAUGACGUGUGAACAGGGAAGAUGGACACCUACACAGACCUUUCCGGUUUGUGUUUCGAGUGGCCUGUGCGAGCUGUCUCUCACUGGAGAAGGUUCUGGUUCUUAUAACUGCACCAUGGAAAUGAAUGGUAAAAAAUGUGAUGUUGUUUGUGACGGAAAGCGCCAAGGGCGGUACUUCUGCUACCCGGGCAGACAAUGGGAGCCCAGACUACCGCAUUGUGUCCAAGCCAAAGGGGAUGCAACUGUCAUAAACGCUGAUCGUAGACGAUGCCAAUGUCAAAACGGAGGCACGUGUGAUGCUUAUGGACGCUGCGUCUGCCCCUCUGGAUGGUCUGGCACUAAGUGUGAACAGUCAAACAGCCACUGCAAAUUAGUACUAACUGGACACAGUAAUGGCUCUUACGACUGCACAACUGAAAUGAACGGAACCGUAUGUGAAGUUCAGUGCGAUGGAAGGAAACGGGGGUACUUCUACUGUUACCCGGACAGUGAUUGGCAGCCCAGACUUCCCAAUUGUGUAAAGGUGAAAGAAGAUGCAGCUUCCAACCGUUUACGCUGUCAGUGCCGAAAUGGUGGCUAUUGUGACGUCGAUGGCCGAUGCGUCUGCCCUGCUGGAAGGUAUGGGACUAAGUGUGAAAAAGGAGGCCCAGCGAUCAUAGACGAUAACCUUACGCGAUGCCAGUGCCAGAAUGGUGGCAUUUGUGACAACGAUGAACGUUGCCUCUGUCCUGAUGGAUGGUCGGGGACUUACUGUGAGAAAGUGUCCUGUACGGAUCCGGGUCCAUUAGCCAAUGCUGACAGCGUGAACAUGUUCGGAGCUUCUGCUUCCUCCAGGGCAAAUUACAAACCCGGAGAGAUUGUAUACUUUUCCUGCAACCCAGGUUUCGGCUUACAGGGCUCAGCCUACAUCACUUGCCAAACGUCUGGAAGUUGGACCGAGAAGCCAACAUGCGUCCAACUGACUAGAGCUGCUACGACUACUUCACCUAGUCCUGUUGAUUCCGAUUCUGUAAGCCUGGACUGCCCUGAUCCUGGUGCCGUCGCCAAUGGUAUACGCAAGUCCUAUCCUCCGCUGAACGACCAGCAACGGGGAUACCAGCGAGGGAGUCGCGUGACCUACUCCUGCAAAGAGGGGUACCAGCUGCAAGGAGUCGAGUCCAUCUUCUGCUUGGUCGGCGGGGAAUGGUCCUCCACUAAACCCGAGUGUGACCAAGUUCCUGGAUCAGCUGAGGAGCUUGGAGAUCUGUACUGUCUUGACCCUGGAGUUGUCGAAAAUGCACAACGCGAGUCCUAUCCACCCGUGAGUGCCCGACAACGGGGAUACCUCCAGGGAACUCGCAUGACUUACACCUGCAAGGAAGGGUACCAGCUGUUGGGAGCUCAGUCCAUAUUUUGCUUGGUUGGCGGAGAAUGGUCCUCCAACAGACCCACAUGCGGUCCAAUCCCCAGAGCAGAAGAGGAAUCUGGCAUUCUCGCUUAUGACGCACAAUGUGAGUGCCAAAAUGGUGGGCAAUGUGACAACGCUGGACGAUGCAUAUGCCCUGCUGGAUGGUCAGGCACUUACUGUGAGAAAAGGGCACUCGAUGGUGGAAGUUUGUACUGUCUCGACCCUGGAGCCGUCGCCAAUGCUGAACGCACCUCAAUUCCUCCCCUGAGUGCGCGCCAAAGGGGUUUUCUUCAGGGUAGCCGUGUGACGUACACCUGCAGGGAAGGGUACCAACUGCAAGGAGACGCGUCCAUGUUUUGCCUGGCUAAUGGGGAAUGGUCCACCACAAAGCCCACAUGCGAACCAAUCCACACAGUUCAGGAAGCACACAUUCUAGCGAGCUAGUCUAAAGUGUAUUUUAAGUUGUCGAGAAUAUAUUAUUUUUAUUUUGUCUAGGACUAUCGGUGAAGUGUGAAAAGAAGAACUUGAGGAAUUUUGUAAUUCUAAAAUUG